UGUAGGGAGAACAUAAUUAGGUAUGUUUUGAAUUGGUUGCAAAAUCAUAGAAGUCUGAUUACUUUUGGCAUGGCACUUUCCUUUAGAAACUGUUGGUUGGGAUUUGGUAUUCCCCAAAGUCAGAAAUUGCUGCUAGUAUGAGAGCAGCAAGAAACGUUUUCAGAUGUAAUUCCCGAGUGUCAGGGAGUUGAUAGUCUAGAUCCUGAAGGACCCUCUAUUUUGAAUGGAUUAAAAGGGAAAGGAAAGGACAGUAAGUUGUAAGAAGACAGUUCUUACAACCAUCUAAUAAGUUACUUAGGUUCCAGGUGAGAGCGUGGCAGGGAGUGUUAUGGCAGCCUUAACUGCAGUCCCAACUCAAACCUUCAGGCACGUGAGAAGUUGGGAUCCCCUUUCUGGGUAGUCUUUGUGGGGGAGGACUCCUGUCAACUGCUCAAAGGCCCAGGCGUCUGCAUUCCUGUACAGAAACCAUGGCUGGACCCCCUCAGUCCAGAAGUCUUACUUGAUCCCAGAUACUCUUCCUGGGAUGUGACCUUUCUCCUCAAACUCAAGUCCAGAAUGAUAACCACAGAAAUGAUAAAUUGAAUGUGGAGCCCUCCCCACAAAGUAGGGUUUAGCUUCUAUUUGCUUGUGUUCCCACAGACUCUUACCUGCCCCUGGUGGAGAGAUUACAGGCAGACACACACUGCCCACAGGCGACUACCCGUUCCUCUGAGGCUCAGAGAAAGGCAGCUCUGAGUGAUUUGUCUUCCCCCACAGCAGUUUCUCCUGCUCCCUUCCACAUUACCCCUUGGAGUCCUCCCUGCUGCUCACAAGAGGGCGUGUGAGUUGGGAGGGGGAGGAGGGCUGGGCACGGCUUGUGCCCCACACAACCUGGCUAUGUGGUUACACGUCACGCCUAGGGAUGCAUUGUGUCUCUGCUGGCCCAUGGAAGGGUUUGGCAUGGUGGUUUGCUCGUGUGUGCAGGCAGGAGAGGACUGUAAGUGCUGAGCGGUGCUGGAGCACCUUCUGCUCCGUCAUUGCUCAGCUAACAGAGGAGACCCAGCCGCUAUUUGAGACCACGCUCAAGUCCCGGGCUGUGUCCGAGGACAGCGACGUUAGAUUCACCUGCAUCGUCACAGGAUACCCAGAGCCAGAGGUGACCUGGUACAAGGAUGACACAGAGCUGGACCGCUACUGUGGCUUGCCAAAAUACGAGAUCACUCAUCAGGGCAACCGCCACACACUGCAGCUCUACAGGUGUCGAGAAGAAGAUGCUGCCAUCUACCAGGCCUCUGCCCAGAAUGCCAAGGGAAUUGUGUCCUGCUCGGGGGUCUUGGAGGUGGGCACCAUGACCGAAUACAAGAUCCACCAGCGCUGGUUCGCCAAGCUGAAGCGCAAGGCUGCGGCAAAGAUGCGUGAGAUUGAGAAGAGCUGGAAGCACGGGAAGGAGGCUGUGGAAGAGGCCGACACCCUGCGCAAGCUCAGCCCCGACCGCUUCCAGCGGAAGCGGCGGCUGAGUGGGGCCGAGGUGCCAGUCCCCUCGGCCCCGACCCGGGAGGUUGAGAACGGGACACCGGUGGCUUGGCAGGAGGGAGAGACGGAGCCUGGUCAGCACCCAGGUUUGGGCCUGAUCAACAGUUUUGCUUCUGGAGAGGUGACCACCAACGGGGAGGCUGCCCCUGAGAACGGGGAAGCUGGGGAGCAUGGCCUGUUGACAUACAUCUGUAAAGCCAUGGAGCUGGGGCCUCAGAGAGCCCCCAAAAAGGAGUCUGGGGCCAAGAAGAAAAAGAAAGAUGAGGAACCUAAGCAAGGUGUGCAGAAGCCAGAGGUAGAGAGGGCAGCUCGAAGCCACCAUUCCUCUGAAAACUGUGUCCCCAGUUCAGACAAGCCUGACCCCUGUGGGACACAGGGGCCCAUGGACAUGGAGCAGGUUCAGACCCAGCCCAGGGGCAGGGCCGCACAGGGGCCUGGAUCCUCUGAAACAGAUGGCACCAGGAAGCUAGCCUCUGCUGUGGGUACUCAAGACCAGGCCCAGAAUGCCCCUGUCCUAGGCCCAGACCAGGAAGUGUAUUUCUCCCUGAAGGACAUGUAUCUGGAGAGCACCCAGGCAGACAGGCCUCAGGGGGAGGAGGGGGCCCAGGCCCCCAGUGGCAGGACACCUGGAGAGCUGCCCUCAGGGAAGGUAUCCAGCAAAGCCAGAGGUGAGAGGGAACCUGCUGUCCCUGGCCAGCCCACGCCCUCAGCCCCACAGCAGACUAGGCCCUUCAACAGGAAGAGAUUUGCUCCUCCGAAGCCCAAAGGGGAGCCCACCACCAGCUGCAAGCCUGAUUCUUCCCCAAGUCAAGAUCCAGAACCUGGGGCUCAGAGCUCAGGGAAGGCCCCGCCUCAGGCCUCUGCCCAAGUGCCCACACCCCCCGCCCGGCGGAGACAGAGCACCCAGGACAGACCCUUGCAGGGGCAAGCAGGCCACAGGACUCCAGGAAAGGUCCAGGAGUCCCAGGCAACCAUGGCUCCUACCACAUUGGCCAGCAGCAGCUCUGAUACGGUCUCUGCUGGUUGCAGCACCUCCAGAAGUCAGGACAUCAUUGAGCCCAUGGACACAGAAACCCAGGAGGACAGGAGAGCAUCUGCUGAUCAGAACACUGGAGGCAAGAAGAAUACAGAGAUGGAUAGGAAGAUGCAGGUGGAUGGGAGGACGCAGGGAGAUGGAACACAAACCACCCAGAGGACACAGGCAGAUAGGAAGACACAGGUGGAUGUUGUGACACAAGAAAGUGAGAGGUCAGAGUCAGGCAGGAAUUCCCAGGAGGACGUGAUGGCACAAGGAAAGGUGGGGACCCAGGCAGAUGAGAGGACACAGGCAGACAGAAGGGUGCAGGAAGACAAGGGGACAUGGUCAGAGGGGAGCAUUCCCACAGCUGUGAAAUGUUGGUCAGAGAAGGCGUCCAUGACCGGUAUCAGCCCACAGUCCAGGGCCCCCAAACGCCCACCUUCAGAGGAUCCUAGGUCCCCUCAGAUUAUUGAAUGCUUUGAACAGACCCCAGAAGAGUUCUCCGUCCCAGACAAACCUGAGUUUAUGCUCAGACCUGACGAGGCAGCAGGAACGGCCUCCGGGAGCCGUGAGGAAACUGUGCCAGGUGCCCUGGCGGGGGGCCUCACACGCGGGGCACAGCUGCCUCCUGAGGGCAGUUUGGAGCAGGUGGGAGGAGAGAGAUAUCGAGGGCCGGAGCAGUCGGGUCCAGUUAAGGACAAGGCCGAGGAGGGCCUGUCCCAGGGCCCCAAGCAGGAACAGCAGGGAGAAUUGCUGCCUGUGGAUCUGGGUGGCUGUCCUUCAGCGGGCCUGAGCCCCCAGGUGCCCACUCUGCCCUCUCUUCCUGGGGCUGGCCUGACGGACAACUCACAGCAGCGGCUGCCCAGCACCCCGGCUUCUCAGCACAUGAGCACAGCUGCCUUCCUACCCUCUGGGGACAAGGCCUCGCUGAGUUCUGCCCCCCCACUGCACCUGGGGCUGGGCACCCCCAGCCAGAGUCACCCGCCAGGAACCAGGGCAGCAGACGCUGAGGGGGCCUGCGCCAAGGUGUCCGGUAUGGAAGGGAGGACUUCAGGCCCCCAGACUUGUGACCCUGGCCUCAUAGACUCCCUGAAGAGCUACUUGCUCCUGCUGCUGAAGCUAUCCAGCUCAGAGACGAGUGGCAGGGGCCCAGGGGCCCAGGAGGAAGCUGCUGCUGGGGAUCAGGCACCCUCACCCUCUCUGGCCCCCACCGUGGAAGUGGCCGGUCUGAGUCCCCGGACGUCACGGCGCAUCCUGGAGCGUGUGGAGAACAACCGUCUGGUGCAGAGCGCGCAGACUCUGCUGCUGAGCCCCUGUACCUCCCGCCGCCUCACUGGCCUCCUGGACCGCGAGGUGCAGGUUGGCUGUCAGGCCCUGGCUGCUGCCCGGUGCCCUGGCCCCAGCCCCCUCUCUGUCCCUGCCAUCGUGGUAGGUGAGGAGGAAGGCCCCGGGGUGGCCUCAGGAGGAUCCAGUGAAGGUGAGGGAGAGGUUUCCCUUGAGGGGCCUGGCCUCCUGCCGACCUCCCAGGAGAGCGGCAUGGGUGGGCCGCUGGGGGGCGUGGGUGGACAGGCAGCCCCUGGGCAGGGACUGCUGUCAGCAGAGAGCAGAGCCCAGGAACCCUUCCGAGAGGAGGAGAUCCCAGGGGAAGCUCUGACAGAUCUCCCCGCAGCUACGCCCGAGGAACUGGCUCUGGGGGCCCGGAGGAAGAGGUUUCUCCCUAAGGUCAGAGCAGCAGGAGAUGGGGAGCCAACCAAGCCCGAAGAAAGGGAGAGCCCCUCGGGUUCCCCCCGGGGGCCCCGGAAGGGCCUUGCACCGGGGCCCCUGGGGAGUCCAGGGCGGGAGAAACGUUCCCCUACUCAGGGCAGAAAGGCAGACCUGCUGGAGGUGCCGCGGGCAGAGGAGGAGCCGGCAGCAGGGGCCCUGGGCUCCAGCCCCAGAGCCAGCAACCUGGAAGCAGAGCUGGCCCUGGAGGAAGGCAAGCAGGGCACUCCAGCCAAGCCAAGGAGAGCCAAAGACCUGCUAAAAGCCCCACAGGUGAUCCGGAAGAUUCGGGUGGAGCAGUUUCCUGAUGCCUCGGGCAGCCUGAAGCUCUGGUGCCAGUUUUUCAACAUUCUUAGUGACUCAGUCUUGACAUGGGCCAAGGAUCAGCGCCCAGUGGGCGAGGUGGGCAGGAGUGCAGGGGAUGAGGGGCCAGCGGCCCUGGCCAUCGUGCAGGCGUCCCCCGUAGACUGUGGCGUGUAUCGAUGCACCAUCCGCAACGAGCACGGCUCGGCCUCCACUGACUUCUGCCUCAGCCCCGAGGUGCUGUCAGGAUUCAUCUCCAGAGAAGAAAGUCAAGUUGGAGAAGAGAUUGAGAUGACCCCCAUGGUGUUUGCUAAGGGUCUGGCUGACACUGGCUGCUGGGGGGACAAGCUCUUUGGGCGCCUGGUGAGCGAGGAGCUACAAGGUGGUGGACACAGGUGUGGCCUUCGGAAGGCCUCCCAGGCCAAGGUCAUCUACGGGCUGGAACCCAUCUUCGAGUCAGGCCUCACGUGCAUCAUCAAGGUGUCCAGCCUGCUUGUGUUUGGGCCCAGCAGUGAGACUUCUCUCCUGGGCAGAAACUAUGACGUCACCAUCCAGGGGUGCAAGAUCCAGAACAUGAGUCGAGAGUACUGCAAAAUCUUUGCGGCUGAAGCCCGGGCUGCACCUGGCUUCGGGGACGUGCCUGAGAUCAUCCCACUGUAUCUGAUCUACCGGCCUGCAAACAAUAUCCCAUAUGCUACCCUGGAGGAGGACCUGGGCAAGCCCAUGGAGUCUUACUGUUCCCGGGAAUGGGGCUUUGCUGCGGCUCCAGCAGCAUCUAGCAGCUCUGAGGCCGUGCAGAAAUGCCAGACCUUCCAGCACUGGCUGUAUCUGUGGACAAAUGGCAGCUUCCUUGUCACAGAUUUGGCAGGGGUUAACUGGAAAAUGACUGAUGUGCAGAUUGCUACCAAACUGCGAGGAUACCAAGGCCUCAAGGAGAGCUGUUUCCCUGCCCUGCUGGACCAGUUUGCCUCUUCCCACCAGUGCAACACCUUCUGUGAGAUGCUGGGGCUAAAACCUCUCAAGGGCCCUGAGGCUGCCCACCCCCAAGCCAAGGCCAAAGGCUCCAAGAGUCCAUCUGCCGGCAGGAGGGGCCCCCAGCUGAGUCCUCAGCCCCAGAGGAAAGGCCCUCCCAGUCCCCAGAAGAGUGCCCCAAGCUCCAAGGCCACCCCUCAGGCCUCAGAGGCAGUCGCCACCCAGUUACUCGGACAGCCUCCCAUCCAAGAUGGAGGCUCCAAGGCCCAGGGCAUGCGGUAGCCCCCACAGGAGGCUGGGGGCCUCCACCCAGCAGCAGACCAACAAGGAAGCAGCUGGAACCGAUGGAGACGUUCCCAGUACAGGACUAACCGGAGCAGGUGCACUGAGGCGGCACCACUCGGGGCCUCUGCCCGCAGCCUCUCCUCAUCAGAUGCCUGGUACCUGACACCCAGCCCGGUGGCCUCUCCUGGUGCCAUCGUCCCCGCGGCUCCCAGGCCCUACCUCCCGGGGCCUGCAGCCUAGCCCUCCUUGAAGUUUACACUGGCCACUGCUGGAGGCUCCCUGAGUCCUCUGCAUGAGUUCUGCAACCAACCCCUUGCCCCAGGCCCUGCCGUGAAUGUUGCACUCUGGGGGCACGCAGGCCAGCACCUACCCUUUUCCCUUCACUUGGCCCUGAUCCCUCCCUAUCCUCAGGGCUCCAGACUUCCUCUGCGGUGUCUGGCCUGGUGACUCUCAGGGUGUCUUUUCCUUCGAGUCAUUUUGCCUCAUUCACCCCAGCUUAUCUUGCAACUAACCUGUCCCUGAGCCCGAAUGGGGCUCAGGGCCCUUCCAGAGACUGUCAUAUCCUUGUGUCUUUGGUGAUGUGUGUUCAUGCUCUUCCUUCCUCCAUCACUCAGGCACUCAGUCACCUGCCUACCAUGCUCCCUUGCACCCCAUCCCCCAUCCCUGGCUUUGAGCCCAAUUGCAGCCUGCUGCCUGCCUUUCACUGAGUUCUGUUUGUUCCCCUACCCGAGGGCUUCCCUAGCCUGACCCCCACCCUACCCACCAUACCUAGGUGAAGAGCAGACCCUCUGGCCUCUCAGCCCACCCCAGGACACUCCUCCCCUACUUCUCCCAGGCCCUCUGCCCGUGAGGUGAGAGCUGGCAUGAGGAUUGCAUCAGCAGCUGUGGCCAGACGGAAGGUGUUGACUUUGUGGGACCUUGUGCUCCAUACUGAAAGGAGGUGGGGCCACAGUGAAUUUCACAUCCCCUCUUGACCAGGGAUAGAGGGCUGGGACUCUUCUCCAGAGGGCGUGCACCUGGGAGCUGUAGGAAGAAUGCAGUCCACCCAUGUGCAGGGUGGAGGAGUGUCUCUGUGCCUGGGAAUUAGGACCCCCUGCCCCUAACCAUUAGCUCUUGACCCUGGGACUCCAGCUCUGGGCCUCAACAUAGGCUCCCAAGGAAUUGCUGUGCUCGGCCCAGCACCCUGGGCCCUUCCUGAGAACCCUUCCUUGAGGCCUGGGAUGGGGUGGGUCUGGAGCUAGCCUGCUCCCCUUGGAAUGCAAUAAAGGCAGCAACUGUGUAUCUUGCUCGCCCUUAUCUGGUGUGGUUGUAGGUAUAUGGGGUCAGGGUCCCGUCUCCCCAGGCGGUUCUCUGAAGGCGUCCUGCAGUCCCAGGACCCACUGGAAAAAUGAAUCCAUGUUUUGGAUCCUAGAUUGGCAUUCAGCCUCAGCCUUCUGUGGCCACAGCUAGACAGUCUGUGCUUCUUGUACUAAUGGAAUGAUGGCUUGUGCCCCUUACGAGGGCGCUUAGGCCUUUGGAAUUGCUCAUUCAUUUGGAAGAGGAAUGCAAAGGAAGGAUCCCAGGAAGGAAGAGCAGAGCUGGGGCUCUGGGGAAACGCCCAGUGUCUUUGGCUGCCUCCACUGGGGCAAGACCAGCCCGGGGGAAGACCAGCUCCUGCCUCUCAGCUACUCACUGACUGUUUCCUGCCUCCCAAGCUGCAGAGGCUUCUCAUUCUCAGCCCCACCCCAUCACCCAGGCCUUUCCUUGCCUGACCUUUAACCCCCUCCAUUUGACAUUUCUGACUUCUCUACCUCCUCUUGUGCUCAGGUGACUCUGCCCACUUUUUCCUCUUGCUCCCAACUCUCCCAGCCUGCAUAUCCAGAUUGCCUCGGUGAACUGAGAGCUGGAAUAUUGUUGAUUUGUUUAUUCAUUCAUCCAUUCAUUCGGCAGACAUACUGAGCAGACUUACUUUAUGCCAGACCCCGAGCUGACCACUGCUGGGAGGCAAAGAUGCAUGAGGUGGUCUCAAAAGAGGUGCUUUCCAUUAGGUUUCUUGGGUUUUGAGCAACAGAAAUGGACUUGGACCUUCAUGGGAAGGGUGUUGGGGGUAGUUCACAGAACCAAAAGAAUAGCUGAACAGUUGGCCUUUAGAAGGGCAGGAGCCAGGGUAGCUCCAGAGCUUGCCUCCCAGGAGCUGCUGCCGUUGGCUCCAGUGGAUCUCCCUCCACUCAAGGUUCAAAUUCCUGUCCUGGAGCUCCGGGCAUCGUGGACUGGGAGAGAGGUAGUUUUCCAAAGGAUGGGGAUUCUUACCAGAAGAAUGGUGGAGGGUGGAAGGGUAGAAAGGGCUUGGCAGGCAACCACAGAAGAUACCCUGACACACACAGACACACACAGACACACACACACACACACCUUUCUUCCCAUCUGAUGCACUACAACUCUCUUACAUACAACCAAAAGCAAACCGCUCUCUGCUUGGGGAGACCAUUCAAGGUAAUAGUCAAUGACUAAGUCCAGGGGUAAUGACCAGGGCUACCAUUCUCCAAAGUCCAGUGUCACUAAUGAUACUCUUCCCUCUUUUAUCACAAUCUCCUUUUGAAAUUCUGCAACCUGUGGAAAUUAUAUAACCCAACAAGAAGGGAAGUAUGAGUAAAGGCUACGGUCCAUUUCUAUAACUGGUCAUGAGAACUAGUAUUUGUGACUAGGGAUUUUUUUGCCCUUUGGAGUGACCCAAAUCUUCAGUUCCAAAGUCGAGUUCCUAAGCGGUCCUGCCUGUGUGGCAGGCAUUAGCCACUGGACAUGGCAGUACCAGGAAGCACUUUAGGAAACCCCCACGUCCAUCUGUACCCUGCCCCCUUUUAAGUAGCCGCAAUCAUAUUUUCCCUUGAUAGAGUUAAUCAUCCUGGCUACUCCUACGUGUCACUAUAUUUACUCGUAUCCUAGAUAUACUCCUAUCCUAGCUAUGUGUGGCUCAGAGGUACAAGCAACCUGAGAUGGCCAGGUGCCUAGGCUUCUAAUUCACUUGAAUCAUUACUAUGAGGUUUUGAAGAUAUGUUUUCUUGGGAACUAAAACCUCUACACCAGUCUGGUCCUAAACCUCAGAUAUGAGAAACGCAUUGAGAUGUAGUGAUAACAUGCCCCUCUUCACCCUGCUUCCUGGCCUGUAGGAGAAAUAGCACCAUGAAUUGGUUGCCGGUUUGGAGCUUAUGCUACAUCUUGCAGGCCUUACCCAACCUUGCAAGGUAUUGUUUUCAGCUGGUGCCUUAGCUGAGUUUUCAACAAACCAUUUCACCAUAUUAUCAAGCUAACUGCUUCUAGACUGUGGGGAUCCUGACAAGAUGAGCAAAGGCCAUAGGCAUCAACCCAUUACUUUGCUAUAAAGUGUAUUCCCUGGUUGAAUGCAAUAUGUGGGGAUACCGAAAUGCUGUUUACAACAGUUGAUAAUUCCAUGGAUUUUUUUUUUUUUUUUUGCGGUACG